AUGAGUUUUGUGGAGGAGGUGUGUGUGUGUGUGUGUGUGUGUGUGUGUGUGUGCGCGCGCGUGCGCAUGCGCAUCUGUGUGUGCACGCAUGUGUGUGUGUACACACCCAGGGAGAGCACUGGAAAAACACUUAACUGCAGAUGCAACAUGGCUUUAGUUUGGGCCGUUGUUCAGACGCACUGUGAUAAGUUCUUUUACAGAUAUCUAGUCAUGGUAGUAAACUUGUGGGUUUCAGAUGUACUUGAUGAUAGUCUUGUUAAAUGCAGAAGUAGGGAGAAACUUUCUCAAGUUAUUAAAAAUGCCUACUCAGUGUGA